GACGAUGCCGACCUCAAACCACCAGCGCCAGGAACGACGUGCCGCGGUUUUCGCCGCGCAUCUGUUGCGACCGACGACGUGCCCGACGCCGUCCCGCGGCCGCAAGGAAGAGGCCCGCGCAACCACUUCUGGGACCCGCGGCCGCCGGGCGUGUGGCGGCACAACGAGUCGAACGAACCGUACCAGAGCAGAGCGGCGCGUCUCGCGAGCGCCCGCAGCCGCCACGCCGCCGCCGUCCGCGGCCGACGGUGGUCGCGAAUCAACGCGGCGCGGUGCACCGCUGCGCCUGUCCUUGCGCGCCGCUGGACGUCGGCCGAGAAGACCGCUUCCCUCUGGGGACCCGGCUCCGCGAAGAUCGCGCGCGCGUCGUGAGUGGCGGCGCGCGCGCGAUCUCUGUUCCCGGGCACGCCGGUCGCAGUGGCAUGGGCUCCCAGGCUCAAAAGCGCUCAACAGCGAGCUGCUCCUCCUCCUGCCGCCGCUCCGCUCACCGAGACAACUCGGUGCCGCCGUUCUCGCCGCCGCCGCCGCCGCCGCCGCCUCGCGCCUUGCCUCCGUCACCGCCGCCCUCCAUCUCGCAGCGGCGCGUCCCUCUGAUGGAGCGGGCUCCUCGCUCGUUGGCGCCUC